CCCGCUCCGGCGGCGCCCGGCGGCGGCACCCAGACCAGAACAGUGGCUGAAAAGAAAAAUGUGAACAAGCAAGAAUUUAACUUCGAAAAAGCUCGUUUGGAAGUGCACAGGUUUGGAAUCACUGGCUAUGAGAAGCAGGAGCAGCGUAUAUGGGAACGGGAACGUGCAAUCAUGCUGGGAGCCAAGCCUCCCAAAAAGGAACACAUCAACUACAAGAAAUACCAGGAGAAAAUGAAGGUGAAGAAAACAACAAAGGAUGAUGAUAAGGGACAGGUACAGAAAAGUGAUUCUCUGAAGAAGAAGAAGAAAGACUCGAAGGAGAGAAAGGCCAAAAGGAAGAGAUCGGUGCCCAGCAUUUGGCCUGCAGGACAAGUUGGAAAAUUCAGAGACGGAACCUUGAUUCUACAAAGCGGUGACAUAAAGAAAAUUAAAUCAACUAAAGUUAUCAAAUGAACUUAUGAUACCAAGUGAAAUGGACGAAAAGCAUUAAGACAGAACUCUUGUUGCCACCAGAAGAGACUUACAUAAGUCUUGCCCUGCCACCAUGUCCUAAUUCAUUUACCUUAUUUUUUUCUUGCAGGGUUUUCUAUCUCCUAUUCUUGGGAGAAUAUGACAAUUUACCAUUUUAUAAAUAAAGGAAAGACUUUUUAAUAGUUAA